ACACGUGCGAGGAUGGGAAGACGAAAUUCCUCUUCAUCGCCAUCGCCAACGCACCGGGAAAUUAAAAUGCGAAAAAUUAGUAUCUUUUUCUUCCUUCCCAGAAGAGGAAAAAAAAAGAGCCCUAAAGGUCUGUUCGCUUCCUAUUUGUGUGAUUAUCCCCAAACCCUAAAGCCUUUUCUGAACGCUCUUCUCCACCAGCGUAAACCUCCACUCUCGAGGUUGUAACCUUAACGGCAAGCAGUAUUCAAAAUGCAGUUCAUACUAUUUGGACUGUCUAGACAAUGUGCAUGGUGUUAGAGCAAGUGAAACAUGAGUGGUUUUGUGGAUGAAGUCCAUAAUAGAGAUGGUGGGGCUGUUAGUUCUUCUAAACGCGAUGUUAUAGCAUUUGAAGGAGAUACAGAUUUUGAGCCACGGAAUGGCAUCGAAUUUGAAUCGCAUGAGGCAGCAUACUCAUUCUAUCAAGAAUAUGCUAAAUCUAUGGGAUUCACCACUUCAAUUAAAAACAGUCGUCGAUCAAAGAAAUCAAAAGAGUUUAUUGAUGCCAAAUUUGCAUGUUCUAGAUAUGGAGUCACUCCGGAAUCAGAUGGUGGGAGUAGUCGGCGACCAAGUGUGAAAAAAACAGACUGCAAAGCCAGCAUGCAUGUGAAGAGAAGACCAGAUGGGAAAUGGAUCAUUCAUGAAUUUCUAAAGGAGCAUAAUCAUGAACUUUUACCUGCUCUAGCAUAUCAUUUUCGGAUUCAUAGAAAUGUAAAGUUAGCUGAGAAGAAUAAUAUUGACAUUUUACAUGCUGUUAGCGAACGAACAAGAAAGAUGUAUGUUGAGAUGUCUAGACAAUCUGGUGGAUAUCAAAAUAUUGGGUUUCUUCAGAGUGACAUAAGUUAUCCGUUGGAUAAAGUCCAGCACUUGACUUUGGAUGAGGGAGAUGCACAAGUUAUGCUUGAGUUUUUUAAGCGUAUCCAAAAGGAAAAUCCUAACUUCUUCUAUGCGAUGGAUCUUAACGAGGAGCAGCAAUUGAGAAAUCUUUUUUGGGUUGAUGCCAAAAGUAGGCAUGAUUACAUCAGUUUUAACGAUGUUGUUUCUUUUGAUACUUCGUAUAUCAAAAGCAAUGAUAAGUUUCCAUUUGCUCCUUUUGUUGGAGUGAAUCAUCACUCUCAAUCCAUGUUGCUUGGAUGUGCAUUGGUUGCAGAUGAGAGUAAAACGACAUUUGUUUGGUUAAUGAAGACAUGGCUCAGAGCAAUGGGUGGGCAAGCUCCCAAAGUGCUAAUCACUGAUCAAGACAAUGCCUUGAAGGCAGCCAUCGAGGAAGUCUUCCUGAAUACACGCCAUUGCUUUUCUCUUUGGCAUGUAUUGGAAAAAAUCCCUGAAAGCUUGGCUCAUGUGAUCAAACAGCAUGAAAAUUUUCUGCCAAAAUUUAAUAAGUGCAUUCUCAAGUCAUGGACAGAUGAACAGUUUGACAUGAGAUGGUGGAAAAUGGUCACUAGGUUUGAACUUCAAGAUGAUGAAUGGAUACGGUCCUUGUAUGAAGAUCGAAAAAAGUGGGUCCCUACUUAUAUGGGUGAUACAUUUUUAGCUGGAAUGUCUACACCUCAGCGCUCCGAAAGUAUGAACUCUUUUUUCGACAAAUACAUUCAUAAGAAAAUAACUCUGAAAGAGUUUGUGAAACAAUAUGGGAUAAUUCUACAAAAUAGGUAUGAAGAGGAAGCAAUAGCAGAUUUUGAUACAUGUCAUAAACAGCCUGCAUUAAGGUCUCCUUCACCUUGGGAAAAACAAUUGUCAACAGUUUACACGCAUGCAAUAUUCAAGAAGUUUCAAGUUGAGGUUUUAGGCGUAGUUGGCUGCCAUCCUAAAAAAGAAAGUGACGAUGGAACAACUACUACAUUUAGAGUUCAAGAUUGUGAAAAGGGUGAAUAUUUUAUGGUAACAUGGAAUGAAAUAAAGUUAGAGGUUUCUUGUUUCUGUCGCUUGUUUGAAUACAGAGGUUUCCUUUGUAGGCAUGCAAUGAUAGUUCUCCAAAUCUGUGGUCUUUCAAGCAUCCCGCCUAAUUAUAUUUUGAAGAGGUGGACAAAAGAUGCUAAGAGCAGGCAAUCAAAGGUUGAAGGAACAGAAAGGAUGCAGACUAGGGUACAGCGUUACAAUGAUUUAUGUAAACAAGCCAUUGAAUUGAGUGAAGAAGGAUCAUUAUCCGAAGAGAGUUAUAGUAUUGCUUUUCGGACACUAGUGGAAGCUCUGAAAAAUUGUGUGAAUGUGAACAACUCUACUAUCAAUGCUGCAGAAACUAGUAGCAAUGCUCAUGGUCUUCGUGAAGAAGAGGAGAAUCAAAGAAGUCUGAGGGCUAAAACAAGUAAGAGGAAGAAUACAUAUAAGAAAAGAAAGGUACCCUCAGAGCCAGAUGCUAUAGUUGUUGAGGCACAAGAAAGCUUGCAACCAAUGGAUGGUCUAAGCUCAGAUGGAAUGACCCUUAGUGGAUACUAUGGUGCUCAACAGAAUGUUCAAGGACUGGUGCAGUUGAACUUGAUGGAGCCACCCCAUGAUGGAUACUAUGUUAAUCAACAUAGCAUGCAGGGCCUGGGACAAUUGAAUUCGUUAGCACCCAGCCAUGAUGGUUUUUUUGGCUCUCAACAAGGCAUUCAUGGGCUGGGACAAUUGGAUUUUCGACCACCAACAAAUUUCAGUUAUAGCCUUCAGUUGCAGGAUGAACCCGAUUUGAGAUCCUCACAGUUGCACAACAGUGCUUCGAGGCAUGCAUGAGGAAGAAACAUUUUCAUGGCAUCUGUAAUGGUAGUUGCCUCACGGAGGUUGCUAAAUUUAUACCCAUGUUUUGCUGGGUAAAUUGGUAAGGUGAGGGGGGGAAGUGAUUUUAGAAUCUCUCAAAGAGGCAGCUUCCCUUCUGGAAGAAGAUAUAUAACCAAAAGAAGUGAAAUGCCUUACUUUUCAGGACAAAAUAUUCACAUUUUAUGUAUGAUCAUUAUAGCUGUUAUGGCAACUCAAUUAGAGGGAAGCAGUGAUCUGGAUAUAAUGUAUGCAUCUCUUGAAGGGUAUCAAGUGCUUGUACGCACAAGGAAUUGAUGAUCGAUGCCGUUUGAGAAGAAACAUGCUUCUGACUGGUGAGGUGCGAAAUAUGUCCUGCCUCGGAGUCGGAGUCGGAGUCAAUAUAAAGAAUACAAUUUUCCUUGUACAUUAUUGCUCAUGGAAUCACUGCAAGAGACUUCCUCUGUAAAUGGUCUUUGUAUCAUUAUGCUGGGAAUUGAUGCGUAUUGUUGGUUA